AUGUCGGGCUGGUUCACCCUCUUCACAAACUGUCGCUAUAUUCUCAAUGGCGAGCUCGUCGAAGACCACCUCGUCAUCUCCGACGAGACGGGGCUUAUCUUGAAAAGAGACGGGUACAUUGGCGGCGAGGCUGUAGAUUUGGAAGAUGGCAUCAUCGCACCUGGAUUUCUUGAGCUGCACACAAACGGCGCGAAUGGGUUUCAUUUCACGCACUUUGACGAUGAGAAGAGCUAUGCGGCGAAAAUAGACAACAUCGCAAGAUACUAUGCGACUCAGGGCGUCACUGGCUUCUAUGCCACGAUACCUACUGUCAAGAGCGAUGAAUUUCGAAAGAUCCUCCCUUCCCUUACCCCCCGCGCCAUCCCAAACUCCGCCUCCCUCCUCGGCGCCCACGUCGAAGGCCCCUACCUGCACCCCACCAAAAAAGGCGCGCACAAUGCCUCCCUCUUCGCCCCCAGCUCCAUUUCCCCAUCCACCAUCUACGGCUCCUCCAACCUGCGCAACGUCGUCAAGCUCGUCACGCUUGCGCCCGAGCUGCCCGAUUCCUCAUCUCUCAUCAAGACGUUGACAGCCCAAGGGAUAAAAGUAUCCAUGGGCCAUUCAACCGCGACGUAUGAGCAGGGUUUGGUGGGUUUGAAUGCGGGCGCAAGUUGUUUGACGCAUACGUUGAAUGCGAUGCCGGGGUUUGGAUCGAGGGAGCCGGGGUUGGCUGGCCUGAUCUCCUUGCCUACUACGCACAGCUCACCCCCGCCGUAUUAUUCGGUGAUAGCAGAUGGCCAGCAUCUCCAUCCGAAUACCGUGUCGUUGUUGCACCGCGCGAAUCCACGACGUGCUGUUAUCAUCACGGAUAGCAUCGAGCUUGCUUCGCUGGCAGAUGGCACGUAUCCAGGGCAUGCGCAGAUUCCGUUUGAGCAGACGAAGGCGGGGGAUAGGGCAACCAUUGCGGGUACGGAUACGUUGAUUGGUGGUUGUAUACCGUUGCAGCAGAGUGUGAGGAAUCUGAUGGAGUGGAGUGGGUGUGGGAUUGCGGAGGCGGUGGGCACGGUGACGGAGAAUGUGGCGGGAUUGAUGGGGAUUGAUGGAGAGGGUGGGAGGGGUGUGUUGAAGGAGGGGAGAAGAGCGGACUUGACUGUGAUGAGUGACGAUGGGGAGUUGUUGCAGACGUGGAUUGCGGGAGUUAAGGUGUGGGAUAAGGAGGAUGAGGUUGCGAAGAGUGAGGCAGAUGGGGAAGUACGAGGAUGA